UCAGACAAUUUGCACUGUUUGAAAAAAUUAUUUUUAAGCAGCAUUAGCUACGCAGUUUCUCUCUUAGUUUCUAACUUUCUAAGUAUCAUACUAUAUCUGGUAUCAUUUCUGUUUCCGUUGAACAUGUUAAUAGAUAAUCAAGAUCAAAGGUUCAGGAGGAUGGAAGUUAGGACAGUUGAUAUUCCUGAUGAAUGCUGGGAUUUAGUCUUUAGAUUCCUCGACGACAGCCGCGAUUUGGAAUCUAUUUCGAUGGUCUGCAAGCUGUUCCUUUCAAUUUCAAGCCAAAUUCAACAUUCUCUUAAAAUAUUUGAUCAAACAGUUGAACUCAUUCCUAACCUGUUCAUGAGAUUUCCAAAGCUCACAGUGUUAGACCUCAGUUACUUCAAUGGAAAUCUUGAAGGCCUGCUUCAUCAGAUUUCGCAAUCUGGGUUGGACCUUGAUUCCCUUAAUCUUUCCCAUCAGAGGAAGCUUCCAAUUGAAGGCUUGAGCGAACUCAGUUUGGCGAUGAAGAAUUUGAGGGUGUUGAUCUGCUCAAACAUUGGCUCUCUGGAUGACAGUGAUUUGGAGGUUAUGGCCUCUUGUUUUCCAUUGCUUCAAGAGGUUGACAUUAGUUUUCCAUUGGAUUCUCAAGUAUCGGAUUUUGGGAUAUCGAAGCUGUCUUUAAUGCUUGAGAAUCUGCAAAAGAUUAACCUCUCUGGUAAUCACUUGCUCACUGAUCAAUCACUACUCGCUCUGUGCCGAAACUGUGUGUCAUUGGAAGAGGUUUUGUUCCUGUCCUGUUUUAGAAUAACCCAAUUAGGUAUUGUUUCUGCUAUCCGCUUUCGAGGGAAUUUGGCUUCCAUAGCUUUCAACAUUGAAAAGAGAAGAAUUCAUGGACCUGGUUUGGCACCUAUGCCAAUUAGCCAGGAUUUGAUUGGUGCACUCAAGUGUCUGGAAAGGCUAAUUGCUAUUGAUUUGUCAAAUUCUUUCAUCUCGGACGAGUUGCUCUCUUCAGUCGCAGAAGGUUGUCACAUUCUGAAGAAACUUAUCCUCCAAGGCUGCUGCAAUUUCACAUUUGCUGGAAUCUCCUGUGUGCUAUCAAAGUGUCAAUAUGUUGAGUGUUUGGAUCUUGGAAAAGUUGACUUCCUAACGGAUCAAUGCAUUGCCAAGCUAUCCAUGUUUCUUCUCAAUGUGACCUCUAUAAACCUCAGUGGUUGUUGCCAGCUUACAAAUUCAACAUUUUUCACACUCACAAGAAACUGUACUCUGCUAGCCGAGAUCAGAAUGGAGAGAACAUAUCUUGGGGUAAAAGCCGAUGAAGAAAAAGACAAAGAUCCUUCACUUGAUCUUGUUCCAAACCCUCAGGUGAAAAGUCUUUAUUUGGGUCACAACAUUCUACUUGAUGACGAAACUCUGUUCAAAAUCGCUUCCAUUUGCCCCAAUCUGGAGCUUCUUGACUUAAACUCUUGCAGCAGCAUAUCCGAAGAAGGUAUGGCUGAGGUUCUUAAGAAAUGUACCGAGAUAAGGCACUUGAACUUAGCCUACACAGAAGUGAAGCUGUUAACUAUAGACUCUCAAGUAUCACAAAUGAAGGCGUUGAACUUGUCAGGGUCAAGAAUUGGUGAUGAAACACUCUCAGUAAUCUCAAAAUGGUUCUGUGGACUAGUAGCUCUGGAGAUUCAGAAUUGCAGUGAUGUAACCACAAAAGGGGUGAGGGAAGUAGUGGAAAGCUGCAUGGGAUUGAGAGAGUUGAAUCUGAAGAACUGUGAUUUGGUGAGUGAUGAGUACAUUGCCACCUUGGAGUUUUCAAAGCCAUCAUUGAGGAAAAUAAUCAAACACCUUGCGGGCAUUGCUGUUGAUUAUUACCGAUGAGAAGCUGAUUAUUGGAUCCUGCGUUGUUAAUUGUUAGUUAGCAGAAUAGUAAUAAUGCUUGGUG